AUGCCGAUCUAUCGUUCUCGUCUUUAUACCCCAGAACAGGUCGGUUUUAUCGAAGAUGGAACUAGCAACGUUGGCGAUGUUUCAGAAGAAAAUGGAUUAACGAAUCCAUCGACGGAUAGGUUGACGUUGGACGUGAAGUGUAGCGAUCCAGUUUGGGCAUGUCGAAGCACCGGUCAGGCGGUGCUAACAUUCGCUGAUGCUUUGAAAUGUGAACGAAAAUGCCGACAAGAGGUGAUAUCUGCAUUUCCUAAGGCCUUCGAAAAACCGAUUCUCGAAUUGAUCCAUCACAGUAUUAACUAUGAAGGUAUCAUAAAGCACAUCUAUCGUCCCAAUGUCCACGUCGAAAACAUAUUGACCGAGAAGUCUCAAACGGUAACGUCGAACUAUUCAGAAAAGGUGCACAGCUCCCUGAAAACCGACCGUAUGUUUUGUGAUAUUGAGUUGAACGGCGAUAAAGUUUCCGUCAUUUCGACGAUUCCACUGUCUGGCAUCAAACGUGUGAACCCUUUGCCCGUAAAGAAACUAAUGCGUCUAUUCAUCAGAACGUUUGCUUACAAAGAAAACUACUGUUCGCAAUACUCUCCCUGGAUAGUGGAACCAGAAAUGGUGCGUAAGUACCAGAUCAAGGACAAAGUCGCUGAAGUGUUUGUUCGUAACGGAAAGAAAAAACCAAUCGUUACCAAGUCGUCACCGAUGAAAAAGAAAAAACGACCAAGUAACUUCGGAUCGCAGUCAAUACAACAUUUCUUUGGUUCCACCUCGAACGACAUGUCGAAAGACAAGAAAUCGGAUAUGGCUGAGCACAGAAAAGCUAUUUCAAAAGCUGCUGCCUCUAAAGUGCUGAAAAAUAGUGUAGCGCGAUCGAACCGACCAAAGUGGACCAUAGAUCUAACAGCCAAGACCGAAGUUAAUGGUGCAGCUGUCAGCGACAACUUAAAGCUGUCUGAGGUCCGUCGACAAAUGCUCAGAGAAAAGCCACCCGUAAUGGAUCUAACGGAAAAUGAAGACCGAGAGGCUCAGUUUAGACUGAAGUUUGAAAAGAUUUUCAGAAGCGUCGUGUAUCGUCCAAAGAAAGCAGCAGAAAAAGUUCAAAAUUCUCAACCAGCUUCAUCUUCUGAUGUUCGAGCCAUGUUCGCGCUUACCGCUGAGCAAAAGCAGAAAAUAAUGCAGGAUACUACUGCAUGCCUGCAACAGCUUUAUUUGCGAAUGCUGGCUAACCCGAGUGCUCGCAAAAGAUACUUGCAGAAAGUUCGCGCGGUCGCGGGAACCGUUUUCACCAUGAAAGACCUGGAUCAAAUCAGCAACGAGCAGAUAAAAAAGGAUAUAGAGAAGCGAUUGCAGAUCCAUGCGGAAAUGCGUAAAGUGAGAUCGAUGACUGCGUCGCAAAAAGAAGAAUACUUCAAACAGCGCAAGGCCCAGCGCCAUCGCGAACUGCUGCUGGAGCGAGAGCGGGAACAGAAGCAGCGCGUAUACACCAAUUUUUUGUCCGGUAUCGGUUUUCAGGACCAGUGA